CCGAAGUGCUUCGGACACUCGCGUGUGUGAAAAUAUAGUGAUGUGAAAAAUUAUGAAGUGAUUUUUUCUAAGCGUGAAGUGAAACUGUUUGAUUUGAGAGCUGUAAUGUUUUAUAAUUGGAAGUAAUUUUGGUAUUGAACCCACGACAGCGAUGUCGGAGGGGCAACGGUGUUUGGGGAUUGUCGUGCUUCUCAUCCACACUGUUAUUGGUACUGGCGAAGGGCCAUCAUUACCACCUUCAACGGAAUCAUCGACGAUAAGAGCAGAACAAAACGAGCUUACCGUCUCUUUUCCACCACUAGACGACAUUUAUGGCACUACUCAAGAGAAACAAUUUGGUACAGAAAAUAACACUGUCGUAACAUCGCAGACUGGUUCGACAGCGCUUAUGCCUUGCGUCAUCAGAAAUAUUGGAGAUGGCAUUGUAUCCUGGAUAAGAAGAAAAGACUAUCAUCUCUUGACAGUCGGACUGACAACAUACAGUUCGGAUCAGAGGUUUCAGGCGAUACAUCUUCAACAUUCUGAAGACUGGACAUUGAAAGUCCGCUUCGUGCAGAAACGAGACGCUGGCAUUUACGAAUGCCAAGUAUCAUCGCAUCCGCCGACGAGCAUAUUCUUGCAACUUGAUGUUGUAGAAGCAAGAGCGCAGAUAUCUGGCCCAACGGAGAAGUACCUCAAACCUGGCUCCACGUUACGUCUGCAGUGCUCAGUCGUUCAGACAACGGAGGCACCAGCCUUCGUAUUUUGGUACCACAACAGUAGGAUGAUCAACUACGACCUCGAACGAGGCAUCAACGUCACCACGGUUCCAGAGCAGAGGCUGUCAGACCUCCUGAUUCCAGCAGCCAGCGUAUCCCACGCGGGGAACUAUACCUGUGUACCGAACAAUGCGGUGCCCGCUAGCAUAUACGUCCAUAUAUUUAAUGGUGAAAAUCCAGCGGCGAUGCAGUCUUCAUCACCCAGCUUCAUUCAGGUCAACAUCAGAAGAUUAACCUAUGUCCUGACUUUCCUCAAUCUAAUUAUACGGUGACAAUUACAAUAGAGACUAAUUAACGUAAAUUGUACCCUAAUCUGUAGCUUAUACAAACGAUUUUCGCGUGAAAUUAAAUU